GGUUUUCCUUGCUUGGGUUUCUGUAGCUGUCGUGUCCAAAUGAUUUCGGAGAGAAGUUUAAAGCACUUGGUGGGGAUUUAAAGUUUGGUCAUGCAGGAUUCCACGAAAUUGUCAUUGCCAGCAAUUGAUCGGGAGUUUUUCUCUCUGUCCUCUUGUUGACAGCAAUAUAUAUAUAUAUAUAUACACAAGUAGAGGAGAUCUUCACUUUUAUAAUGAAGCUACAGAAGGAAACAUAAACCAGAUGACCUGCUGACUGAAUUAUGACAUUUUCAACGGGCAAAUAUUUAAAACACAAUGCAGCAAGAAGCAACAGUGAGCAGUUUUACGUGGAAGUAAUUGUCCCAAUAAACUCUGGAGACCUACCAUUUGUUUCUCUUGUUGGAACAAAAAAUAGCCAACCGUCUUAUCAGCACAGAUAAACAAUGUUUGCAAAACUCAAAAAGAAGCUAGAAGAAGAGGCUACGGCUACUGCGCUGCGUCCUGGGGGUGCUGCAAGGAUUCCCAGGUCAAUUAGCAAGGAAUCUGUUACUUCAGUUGGAGCAGACUCGGGAGAUGAUUUUGCUUCAGAUGGCAGCAGCUGUAAAGAUGAUCUGUCAUCGCGGCUUCACAGAAAAAAUGAUCACAUUCGAAAACUGGAAGGCAGACUGUCGGAAUAUGCUGAGCAGGUUCGGAAUCUGCAGAAGACAAAAGAGAAACUUGAAAUUGCAUUAGAGAAGCACCAAGAUUUCUCUAUGAAGAAACUCCAGGAGCAAAGUGAGGUCUACCAAGCAAACAGAACGAAGAUGACUGAGGGAAUGGCACAAGCUUUAGAAAAAAAAGAUCAGGAAUGGAAAGAAAGGAUAGCAGAGCUGGAAAAGGAGAAAGAACUACUUUCUGCUCAGCUGUUGGAAAUGAGACAACAAAAUCUUAAUCUUUUUCAAAAAAGAGAUGAUAUUGAUGAAUUGGAAGGCUUUCAUCAACAGGAAUUGGCCAAAGUCAAACACAUGCUCUUAACAAAAGAAGAAAGUCUAACAAAAGUGAACCGUGAAACUGAGCAGCAAACAAAAGAACUUGUACAGACCAAAGAAGAUAUGCAUAUGCAGAGACAGAGACUGUUGGAAUUAGAAGACACUGUGGAGCAAUUGCAGAGAAACAUGUUAGAUCUGACAAGUGAAAGGGACGAAUUAUUGGCAAUGAAAUUGAGUGCUGAAGACAGAAUAGGAGAACUUGUACGUAGUGAGCAAGACUUGCAAAAUAUCAUUCAGCAACUGUCCUGUAGCCAUCAAAAGGCACAAGAUACUGCAUCAGUGCUUGAAAAGACAUUAAGUUCAAUACAGAGGGAAAAUGAGCUGCUUAUGCUACAGUAUGAACAGCACAAACAAAAGGCCAUUGUUGAAUUUGCAGAGAAGGAUAAACUUAUUGCCCACCUACAGGAAAAAGUUUCAUUCCUGGAAAAGCGGAUUGAAGGAAAUUUUUCUGAAGAUGACCAUGUACAGGCUUUGAUUGAAGAGAAAACUGGCCUGGAGCUAAAGUUAGCAGAAGAAAGGCAACAGCUUUUGGAAGCCAGAACUAGUAAUGGUGAGACAGUCAGCAUAUUGGAGACCCAGGUAAUAAAAGAAUUAAAUAAUACUGAUUCUCAAGGAUCAGAUGAAUUCAGAUUCCUCAAGUCCAACUUUCAACCCCCUAUGAAUAAACAUGUCUCCAUUUUUCUACAAGCUGUUCUUCGGGAUCUUCAUUUUCCAACUCGGGAUUCAUCUAUUCUAGCUCAUAAUCUUUCCGCUCAGGAAAUUAAGGCUUUGGAUGAACUUAUAAAUAACCAUGAUAUUGUUAUUGCAUCUGCAGAUAAAGGAGGGGUGGUAGUGGUAAUGAAAAUGGAUUAUUAUCUGAAUGAGGUAGCAGCACAGAAUACAAAAAGCUAUACAGAACAGAGUAAAAGUGAAGAAAAAACAUGUUUUUGCUGGGAGGGUGAUGGCAUCUUAGAGAUGCAGAAGAUUGAAGAUAAUUUAGCAUUGGUAUCAAAACUUAAUAACAAGAUAGCAGAAAUGCAGACUUUGCUGGAGGAAAAAGAAAACAGUUUACAGUCUUUUAAAGAAGAUAGUGCUAAUCAGAUUACCGAACUUGAUCAUAGACUGCAGGAUCUGAAUACAAAGUUAAAAGAGUCUGAUGGAUUAUUAAAUGAAAAGGAAACUCUCAGUAAAAAGCUGCAGGCAGAUUUUGAGGUGGAGAGUCAUGACCUGCGGCAGCAGAUAGCAGCAGCCCGGCACCAAUCCACAGAAAGAGUUAACCAACUAGAAACUCAAAUAGCUUCACUUGAAACAGCUCGAGAACGUGAUAAAACAGCAGCACAGCAUAACAUUAGCCAACUGGAGCAGGAGAUUGGAACCCUUAGAGAAAGGAGAGUUGAAGUAGAAACUUCAUUAAAAAAUAAUGAAGCAGAGCUGGAGAAGACAAAAGUCGAACUGAAAAGCAGAGAAAUGAUCAGUGUUGAAAUUGCCAAAGCACUGGAAGAAACACGAAAACAGAGGGAAGAACUUCAGCAGCAGAUUACAGACCUUAUAGGAGUGGUAAAUCAAAAAGAUCAGGCUGUGGUUCAGCAGAGAGAAGAAUUAAUGAGAACAAAAGAAGACUUUAACAAGCUAAAAGAAGAGUAUGAUGAAGUGCUGCUGCAGCUGAAACAACUGCAGGUGCAAUUUGACAUGGCUAAAAGUACAGCGGUUGAAAAGGAAGCAGCAGCAGAAAAACGACUUGAUGCCCUAAAACAAGAAUUACUGAGGCAGCAAGAACACCUGGAAGCCAGGCAACGAAGGGCUGUAGACCUGGAAGAAGAAGUCAAGAUCUUGAGUGAUCAGUUAUAUGCUCAAAUAAAUGAUAAAAAAGUACAGAAUGGGGAAUUAACUACAGCAGAUGUUUUACAACUUCAGAAACAGAACAGAGAGCUGGAGCAGCAAAUAGCAGAGAAAAAUAAGACAGUAAAGCAGCUGCAGCAGAGACUAGCUGAGCUUAAAAAGACCCUUCAAAAGGAACUGAGAUUAAAACCUGAAGCUGAACUAGGAGAUGGCAAGGACAAGAUACCUGAAAUGCCAAGUGUGUUAACUGCCGCUACUGUGGUUACUAAUAGUUCAGAUUUAAAUGACUUGCGGGAGAUUAACUUUGAUUACCUGAAGCAUGUUGUCUUAAAGUUUAUGUCUGCUCGUGAGUCUGAGGCUUUUCAGCUGAUUAAAGUUCUAUCUGUGUUACUCAACUUUACUCUAGAAGAAGAAAACAUGCUAAAGGAGACAUUGGAAUAUAAGAUGUCCUGGUUUGGAUCCAAGCCAGCUCCUAGAGGCAUUGUUCGCCCAUCAGUAUCAAGUCCUAGAACACUAUGGAAUUAAGCAAAAUAACUGAAGAAUAUGAAAAUCAGACAGUUUGUGCAGAGAAAACAAGAUUGAUCAGAAUUUGUGAUGGUGCUUUUUAAAAGCUGAGUAUAUGAAAUCCUUAGUGCUGACUAAUUGUUGCAGGCUGGCUCCUGCACAUCACCACAUAUUCUGAAAACUAAACCAUAAAAAAAUGAAGAAAUCAAAAGACUGAAGUGAAAAAGCAGCAGUGUCACACUAAAAAUAACACUACAUUAACCAAAGCAGAAUGUUUUUAUUGUAAAUUAUGGUCUUUCUGUGAAAGAAUUGUGAAGCAUGAAAUGGAUAUAAUGAUCAAAGCAAUCUAAGUCAGUAGGUCCUUAUUCUUUCAGCAUCCCAACAGCAAAUGGCAUACUAGCCAAAAUUUACUAGUAGUGUCUAGCUAGGCUCAUCCCUACCUUGUCUGCUCUAAGAAAUUCCUAGAGGACAUUCCCAUUGGAAUUUUCCUUGGGUUAAGUCAGAUUUUUAAACCACUUAGUUCGUAUUAGCUGAACAAGUUGAUAGCAUGCAGUAGAUGAACAUUUUUGUGAACUUCUUAGAAGAUAACUUCAAGUAAGCGAGAGAGUUUCUCCAUUUAGCUUUAUCAGGUUUCCUCGUUUGCUUUUGCAGUUUGAUUAUGCUUGAAGGUGGCCAAGAAGGGCAAGUGCAUCUUUCACGCCUAAGCCCAAAUCACAAAGACAGGGCCCAACUUUUUUUAAUUCCUCUUUCUAGCUGCUGUCUGUCUGAGAACUUUUGGAAAUGGCUUGAUGACAUAAAGAUGCAGGCCAAAUGUGCUUCUCCUCAAAAAGAGGAAGGAGAAGUGAGAUUCAGAUGGUCUUUAAUUCAAAACUGAGUUUUCCCUAGCCCUAGAAGAAAGACUGUCUAAUCCACCUACUUAUCUUUUAACAGAGGAGACCUCUCCCCAUUCUCUUUUGGGGUUUUCUCUUUUCCAUCCAUCCAAGAGUCAUUUGAUCACAGUUAUGAGCCCCUUUUUGAUACUCUCAUCUGUUUUUUCUCCCUUCUGGAAAUAGAUCCAGGCCCUCUCACUUUGUUUUAGAAUUGCAGGGUACACAGUUUUGGGUUUCCUACUGCUGUAGGUUUGUUGAGUAGACCUGAGUUUUCAUCAAAUUCCAUUGAUGAGCACCACUAGAUUGUCAGGAAUCAUCAGUCACUGUGGUAUAGAAUUGCUAUUGGCAGUCAUUUUGAUUUUGGCAACAUUGAUUGGGAUAUUUUACAAGAAGUGUUCAUUAGCACUUCUGUUAGGAGGUUUGCUGAGAUUUUGCAGACAACCUCAGUUUCUUGACCAAAUCUGUUGUGUAUGCAUAUGCAUCAGAGCUUUAGGUGAAGAUUUGGCAAAAUGGACUAACAAGUCCUAGGUGUAUUCCUCUAAAAGUUUUUCAUGUGGGCAGAGUACUUUCUUUUUAACAGAGUUACUAGAUGAGGCUGAGCAUCUGAUUUGGUAUUGUUUUCAUUCAUAUUUUAAUUGGAAUCUCUGGCAUUUCAAAGGUUUCUGCUUAAUUGUUUUCCAGUAUCCCUUCCUUGACUUCUCUUCUUGUCUGCAAAUUGACAAUUGUCAAAGGGCCUUAUCUUACAUAAAAAGGAUUCUGACAUUCUUGUUACCUUCCUGCACUGCACUUUUUCUUUCUGUGAUACCAUUCCUGGGAAAGGCUUUAUGCAAACUUGUAAAUGUUUGCAGACAGGAAGCAAAUUCCUGUUUAAGGUGUCAUCUUGCUGUGCAUUCCUUCCUAAUGUUUCAGUCUUUAGAUAGCACUCUCACAAUUGACAAAUCCCACAAUUGACAAAAUACUCCAUGGAAAAAAUCCCACAAUUUAAGUAUCUUGCAACUGUUUAAACUUUUUGCAAGAUGUUUUUAUUUUACUGUGGUGCGUUUUUAAAAUCUAAUAUAGCCUUAUAUGAUGUUCAUCAUUUUUAUUACUGCUGCAGUAACUUUAACUGUAUAGCUUAUAUCCUGCCAAGGAUAUAACAGCUGGCAAGUUUUCAAAGCUUCAGGGCACCUUCUAUGUGUCCAGAUUUUCAGGCAGCUCAAAUAGAACUGACUGAAAGUUAAUUUGAGUGCCAAGCCCUUCAGAACUUUAAUGUUGCCGGAGAGUACACACCUCUGAGACUUUCAAGGAUCGAUGGAUGGCUUGUGCUGUUCAGUUGCUUUGCAGAUAAGUUCCCUUUGGGGGAAAAACUUCUACUUAAUAAUUUUACUUAUUUA